CAUCGUGAAUCACGCAGGGCGUGUUGUGUUUGCUAGACCUUGAAAACAGUUCUUUACGUAUUCAUCAAUGCAAUGAUGCAUAGCAGAAUUAUGUGAGGACAAAACAGCUUAUGACCCAUAGAAAGUGUAGUAUGCAAAUUACGCCAAACCACACAUAGCUUAACAGCAAGAAGUCAAAGAGCGAGGAAAUACAGACAAGAAGGAUUUGGCUCCUUGCGUGAAAGGCAAUAGCUUUCUGGUGCAUCCAGGUUAUUUCCUCUAUUCCUGCCAGCAGCCCCUUGUUCAGGUAUCCCGCAACUUGUUUACUUGUUUCCAGGAUGGCCAAUGUGACCCUAGCGGUAAACACAACCGGCCCAGCUGUCGUAGCGAGCACUACGCCCAUUCCUAUGCUGUACAAUAGGAAUCCCGAUGUGGAUUCUUGGGUUACUAUAUUGCUCGCGGUGGUGUACAGCUUCCUUUGCAUAAUUAUUGUAUCGCCAAACUACCUGACACUGCGCGCACUCUACACCACAAAAGGGCUUAUGUAUCGGCAUAAGUAUCUGCUAGGCAACUUGGCAUUCUGUGAUCUUCUUGUCGGCGCUUUCUCAGUCCCAGCCUUUGCGUAUAACAUGAUGAGAUGGCCAUCAUACGCGUUUCUCGCUUACGAGGCCGUGGAUGCAUUUGCGGGCUUUAGCAGUGUUUUAACCCUCACAGUCAUCUCCCUGCGCAUGUUCAAGGCCAAAGUCAAACCAGCUAACGACUCCUUUCCGAGUGGUCGCUCGGAAUGCGGUCUUCUAGUGGGAAUUUGGUUCGCAGCAUCGCUAAUUACCACGUUUAACGUUGUCAGCUUGUUGGUCUUAUUCAAAGAGCUCAAGUACAUCUAUUAUUUCUAUGCCGUUGUAGGAGUCCUUGCUGUGUGCGGAGUCAUCAUCCUAGUAUCGCUCCUCACCGUAAUGGUGCUUUCUUGCGCAUGUGCAUGCUGCAAGAAGAAAUCCGCUGACAACACUUCGGACUCGGCUAUCACAACUUCUAUAUUCAUAGUGACUGUUAUUUCAAUCAUCUUUUGGAUGCUUCCUUAUAUAUACUUUACUUAUAAUCGCGUGUGUGAUGUAUGCACACCAGCCCUACCGGCCAUAUUCUUCUACAGUACACGCAUGCUUCUAUACAUCAAGUCGUUUAUCAGUCCGAUCAUUUACAUAAGGCGCAUAAUGCCUUUUUACAACGCUCUUGUUCGUAUCCUGACAAGAGAGUGUUUUGGUGCACCAAGCGGCUGAGGUUUUCUGAUGGACUUGACAAGAGAGUGUUUUGGUGCACCAAGCGGCUGAGGUUUUCUGAUGGACUUGACAAGACAGUGUUUUGGUGCACCAAGCGGCUGAGGUUUUCUGAUGGACUUGACAAGAGAGUGUUUUGGUGCACCAAGCGGCUGAGGUUUUCUGAUGGACUUGACAAGAGAGUGUUUUGGUGCACCAAGUGGCUGAGGUUUUCUGAUGGACUUAACAAGAGAGUGUUUUGGUGCACCAAGCGGCUGAGUUUUUCUGAUGGACUUGACAAGAGAGUGUUUUGGUGCACCAAGCGGCUGAGGUUUUCUGAUGGACUUGACAAGAAAGUGUUUUGGUGCACAAGCGGCUGAGGUUUUCUGAUGGACUUGACAAGAGAGUGUUUUGGUGCACCAAGCGGCUGAGGUUUUCUGAUGGACUUGACAAGAGAGUGUUUUGGUGCACCAAGCGGCUGAGGUUUUCUGAUGGGCUUCACAAGAGAUUGUUUUGGUGCACCAAGCGGCUGAGGUUUUCUGAUGGACUUGACAAGAGAUUGUUUUGGUGCACCAAGCGGCUGAGGUUUUCUGAUGGACUUGACAAGAGAGUGUUUUGGUGCACCAAACUUGGCAAGAGAUUGUUUUGGUGCACCAAGCGGCUGAGGUUUUCUGAUGGACUUGACAAGAGAGUGUUUUGGUGCACCAAGCGGCUGAGGUUUUCUGAUGGACUUGGCAAAAGAGUGUUUUGGUGCACCAAGCGGCUAAGGUUUUCUGAUGGACUUGGCAAAAGAGUGUUUUGGUGCACCAAGCGGCUAAGGUUUUCUGAUGGACUUGACAAGAGAGUGCUUUGGUGCGCUAAGCGGCUAAGGUUUUCUGAUGGACUUGACCAGAGAGAGUUUUGGUCCACCUAGUUUUUCUGAUGCAAGAAAAAUGAUGAAGCGAAGGGUGCUGCGCUUGGAGACGAGCGCAAAUAGGGCAUAGGGCUCACGUAAAAUGUAUACCUUAUGUAUAUGAAGUCAAAAACAAGGCUCAUGCACCAAGGCUCAAGUCAAAUGCAAGCAUCAUGAAGGGAACCAUGUACAAGCCUCAUGAAUGACUUCAUAUUUCAGAAACGUGAUUAGGUGGUUGCGUUGCAUUAUAUGCACGGUAGAAUUGCUGUGCCGUAUCAGCAGUGGGCAGGGCCUAACUAUACGUACAGCUCAAAAGUAUGUUAAUAUCAACAAACGUACGUCACUUGUCCGAGCGGUGCUUGUGUGUGCGAUACGUGUGCGUGCUAUACGUGUGCAUGUGAUACGCAUGCAAGCGAUACGUGUUCGUGCGAUACGUAUGCGUGCGAUACGUGUGUGUGCGAUACGUGUGCGCGUUUUCAAUAAAAAACAAACGAAACUGCUUUUAUUAAAAUUUCUUGAUAUAAUGGUAUCAUCUUUAAUCGGCCAAUUUCAAAUUUCAGGUGUUUUUGAGGAAGAGACUUGUGUUCCUGUAUUUAAAAGACUUUUUUAAGAUUGUGCCUAUUGUGUUGGGAUUCAUUGUCCAAUUGAAUUUUUAUGUGAAACUUUUCUACAGCAAUUAAAUAAGCUAUUAAAGGCUUCAAACAGA